AAACUCACCUUCCAUCAAUUUCAUUUUCCCUCUCCCAACCUUCGAACCGUCACAAUGCCACCCUAAGUCAGAACACACAUUAUUCCAAGUAAUCCCUCGGUCUGACCCGGUCUGACCAUGGCCAUUAAGUCUCCAAUAAUUCAUGAAAACCCCAGUGCCACCGCCUUUGUGAUCGAUAUUCCCAGCUCCAUCGCGCAGGCACAAGCGCUUCCAGGACAGACGCCGCCGGCAUCACAACCCCAUCCAGCCUCUUCUACCCGAGGAUCCUACCAUGGAGAAAGGGUUCUUUUAUCUUCCGCCCCCUUGAGAGAACCUUAUCCAACCUUGACAGAGCCCAAGACCGAGGCCGCGCGGGCAAGGGUUCUAGAGAGAAUCCCGCUUGCCGAGAGGCAAUAUCACUCCGAGAUCAUCGAGCCGCUGGUGGUUGAGAAGCUCGCGGAGCUCAAAGGAGCACCUGAAAAUAAAUUCGAGUGGUGUUUGCCUCGCAGUCUCAUAAACAACGAUGCGCCAGGCAGUCCAGAAGAUCCAGCUCAGGUUGAAGAGAUCCAAUUAAUGGGGAAGAAGAGGAAACGGCAACGCAGCACUACUACCACAUGUUCAUGUUCAUGUCUAAAUCCAGAGUCUGGCUCUAUCUACUCAAACACUCUCACUACUCGCAACGACCCUCCAUUAAUUCUAUCACCUGGAGAAAACACCUUCGCAUCCAUCUCAGAGCUUUCCAACAACCUGGUCAAAAACACCUCCAUCGAGCCAGCUACGAUGAAGAUACGCUGUCAACCAACAUCAACAACAGAAGCAUCAGAUAAUGACAGCACAAACUACUACUACCACUCCUUCCACAUCCCCCCAUCAUCCUACUUCCUCCGCUGCACCAUCCCCAUCUCUGAACCUAUCCACAAUUCAUCAAACCCAUUACUCCCGGAUCUACCACACGACCAGAAAUUCAAUCUAAUCCUCCUCGACCCACCAUGGACGAACCGCUCCGUGCGGCGCAGUGGGCAUUAUCAAACGCAGUUCUAUAAAGGAUGGGAUCUGCUCACGGAACGUAUAUGUGGUGUCUUACGGGGGUAUCUACAGUAUGAUGCCUUCGACAACAGAGAAGACGGCACUAGUGCAGUUGCUAAGGGCCCCGUAGCAGCCAUUUGGAUCACUAAUUCCGCGAAGGCGCGGAAAACAGCCUAUGAGGCUAUUCGGGGUGCUGGGCUUGAGGUCUGUGAGGAGUGGGUUUGGUGCAAGGUUACGAUGGAUGGGAGGCCGAUUGUGGAUGUGGGUGGGUUGUGGAGGAAGCCGUAUGAGGUUCUUGUUAUUGGUAGAGUGCAGAGUGCUUGUGGGGAUGGGCAUGGGGAUGGGGGUAUUGUGAGAAGGGUUAUUGCUGCUGUUCCGGAUGUGCAUUCUCGGAAGCCGAAUUUGAAGGAGCUGUUUGAGAGGAUGUUCUUUAACUCUGGUGAGGCAGGGGGUUGUGUGCCGUAUGCUGCUUUGGAGGUCUUUGCACGCAAUCUGACUGCUGGGUGGUGGGCUUGUGGGGAUGAUGUUCUGAAGUUCAAUUCUGAGGAAUGGUGGGUUGAUUGAUUGAUAGGGAAGAAGAUAAAGACAUGUGAAU